CGAGGCGGGCGGAGCAGACAAGGAAGCCAGCGCGAGCCGAGCGCGCGGUAGGAACCGUCCCCAAGUCCGUGCAGGCGCAGGCGUCGUCGUCCCGGCUCGUUUCGUCUCACCUCACCACGCGCUAAACCAAAUCGCGUCACCUCCCUCGCAUGCUCGCGCAGGCCGGCGCACCUACCCUCCUCGCCUCGGCUCCAAUUCCGAACUGGCAAAUCACGUCGCCGCCCGCCCCCGCCGCGCCGGGCUUCUAACCCCUACCCACCUCUGGCUCUGAUCCCACGCGUCCCGCCCGCCCGCGCGUUAAGUAUCCGCAUCGGCUCCCUCUCCCGUCUGAUCUGACCCCCCCCCCCCCUGCGGCUGCCGUCAGCAAAUCUCGCGCUCGCGGCGCGGAUCCCGCGCCUCGGGUAGGCGUGGGCCUCGAUCUGGGGAUCGGGAUGAGAGGGGGGCGCCGGUGAUGACCGGCUCGGCGUCGUCGCUGGGUCUGCGGUCCGGGAGCUACGGCUCCCUCGCUUCCACCGCGGGCAGCGGCGGCGUCUGCGGGGCGAGGAAGGCGGGAGCCAGGGGGUGGGCGUGCCGCGGGGAGAAGGAGCGGCUGCAGCUGCUCCACCGCGCGCUGCGGCUGGUCGGCCGGCGCAGGGCCGGCGUGCUGCUGCUGCUCGCCGUCGCAUCUGCCGCCGUGUUCUGCUCCCUCUUCGCCAUCGUCAAAGAUGACAGUAACUCAAUUAGCAUUGUGAAUAAUUAUGAAGUCCCAAAUGCCAUACAAAAGUCAGUGUAUCCUAGCACAACACGACCUCUAAUGAUGUCUGGAGACCAAUACUCCACCAGUGUUGUCAACAAAGUUGAGCGUCCAAAUUGGCUUCAUCUUUCAUAUGCAAACUUCACACAUCCUUGUGAAGGUUUCUCAGUUCCUCCUCCCCUGGUUGAUAAGAAACGCACUGGACCCCGACCAUGUCCUGUUUGCUAUGUCUCUGUAGAUCAAGCAUUUGCUCUGAUGCCUCUACAGGCUUCACCAUCGCCUGUCCUAAAGAACCUAAAUUAUGUAUCUGAAGACAGUAUCACUGCAAAUUUAUCAAAUCAGAGCUCUGGAUUUGGAGGACAUCCAUCUCUGGAGCAGAGAAGUAAAUCUUUUGACAUCAAUGAAUCAAUGGCUGUCCACUGUGGCUUUGUUAGAGGAAAUAAGCCUGGCCAAGGUACUGGGUUUGAUAUCAAGGAUGAUGAUCUGCUGGAAAUGGAGCAAUGUCGUGAGCUAGUUGUAGCUUCUGCUAUUUUCGGGAAUUAUGAUAUGAUUCAACACCCGAGAAACAUAAGUGAAUUUUCAAAGGCCAAUGCAUGUUUUUAUAUGUUUGUGGAUGAAGAAACAGAGGCUUAUGUCAAGAAUUCUAGUUCUCUGCACAAUGAUAAUAAAGUUGGACUAUGGAGGCUAGUGAUUGUCCGAAACCUCCCUUAUGAAGACCCAAGGCGUACGGGAAAGAUUCCAAAACUUCUGCUCCAUAGGCUAUUUCCAAAUGUGAGAUUUUCAGUUUGGAUAGAUGCAAAACUUCAGCUUGUUGUGGAUCCCUAUCUCCUGCUUGAGAGAUUUCUCUGGAGGAAAAAUACUACUUUUGCGAUCUCUCGGCAUUACAAACGCUUUGAUGUGUUUGAAGAAGCAGAAGCUAAUAAAGCUGCUGGAAAAUAUGACAAUGCGUCAAUUGAUUACCAAAUAGAGUUUUACAGAAAUGAGGGCCUAACACAAUAUUCUCCUGCUAAGCUUCCUAUCACAAGUGAUGUCCCUGAAGGAUGUGUGAUCAUCAGAGAACACAUCCCCAUUACAAAUCUCUUCACAUGUCUAUGGUUCAAUGAAGUUGACCGUUUCACCUCCAGGGAUCAAAUAAGUUUCAGCACUGUCCGGGACAAAAUAAGGUCUAAAGUUGGCUGGAUGCCUGAAAUGUUCCUGGACUGUGAAAGGCGCAACUUCGUCGUUCAGGCAUACCACAGGGAGCUACUGGAGCAAAUGAUUGCGUCUGGUAGGAAGCCCCCUCCAGCGACCGACCAACCAUCUCGAAAACUUAGGCCAGGUAGCAGGAAAACUCCCCCAUCAAAGAAGCCUUCCGUGAGGCGGAAAAAGGAGAAGAAAUCGAGCUCGCGAAGGCGUCUUCCGAAACCCGUCGCUGGGGGAAUGGGUGUUAUGUGACGUAGGCUCCUGGACUGUCUCACUUACACAGCGUGUUACUGGACUGUCAGCUGAUUCCAUAAGGGGCAGGGGCUUGUAGUUUUUCCCCGCCGAAAUUUGUUCAUAGUUAUUCUUCAUUGUUGUUGUAAAUAACAGCGCAAAUCAAUAUUCAAUUCUGUUCAUUGA